CAUGUUCCACUCUAGUCCAGUUGCUUGAUUCUGUUUUUGAACAGGAGGGUUUCCUGAUUGGUUCAGUAUGUGGAAAGAAAAAAAGGAAAGCAAUAAAGCUUCAUAAAUCUGACCUACACAAUGAUGUUAUUUGCAAAGAUGAAAAUGCACUCUCUUUUCUUACCUCUCUCCUUGAUAUUUUGCUACUCAAAAAAGACAUAGAGAACAGGACUUUUCUUAUAGGGCCUUUUUUUAAGCUUCUUCGCAAGAUCUUCAUGGAUGAGUGGGUCCAAGAUGAUGUUCACCUGUAUGAGAAGCGGAUUCAAGCUUCAUCUGGCACUUCUGAAACUAUAUCAAGCACAUUAUGUUACAUUCAGCAGACAUUAUUAUUGAUACUGGAAGAUAUUAGUGCCUCCAUCUUAACUGAUAUGUCUGUAAAGGAUGACAUACAUGAUAAAUUUGACUUGAUGCUAUUGGUUGAAUGUGCUCGUUCAACGAAAGAUGGAAUCACCCGCAACCAUAUUUUCUCAUUAUUAUCUACCAUUGCAAGGAUACUACCAGAAGAAAUUUUGGACCAUAUACUAGAUAUUCUUACUGUUAUUGGGGAGUCAGCAGUGACCCAGUUUGACAACCAUUCACAACGUGUUUUUGAGGACCUUAUAUCUGCAGUAGUUCCAUGCUGGCUAUCUAAGAAAGGCAACACAAACAAAUUGCUUGAGAUUUUCAUAAAUGUACUGCCUGAGGUUGCUUCCCAUAGAAGAUUGUCAAUUAUUGUGCAUCUGCUAAGGACUCUGGGGGAGCAAAGUAGCUUGGGUUCAUUGCUUGUUCUCCUUUUCCAUUCAUUGGUUUCCAGGAAAAUAUCAUCUUCCCUUGAUGAUGGUUCAGCCACCUUGAGUUGUUUUAACUCUAUCACACAAGAAUGGGAGUAUAUACUUGCAGUGCAAAUAUGUGAACAGUAUUCAUGCAUGAUAUGGUUUCCUUCUUUGGUUAUGCUGCUUCAGCGAAUAGAAAUGGUCAAUCAGUGCCAAGAACUGUUUAUGGAAUUGCUAUCUGCAAUGGAAUUCAUAUUGCACAAAUUGCAAGAUCCUGAGAUUGCAUUCAAGCUUGAAUCUGGGGAAGAUUCAGAUAACAUCCAGAGAACACUUGGAGCACUUAUGGAGCAGGUUGUUUCCUGCUUACAGCUGGUUGACUCAAGAAAAAAUAGAAAAAUUGUGCCGAUUGGCAUCAAGCAAGAAUUAAAGGAGCAUAUACGUGUUGUCUUAGGGAACAUUACCAAGGUCAUGAUUCCCUCAGCAUACUUCAAAGCCAUCAUUAAAUUGAUGGGCCAUGCAGAUACGGAUGUGAGGAAGAAGGCUCUGGGGCUUCUCUGUGAAACAGUGAAUGACAAUGGUACAAUUAAACAAAGGCAUGGGAGAAAAGAAUUGAAUUCAAACUCAAGAAGUUCUUGGCACCAUCUUGAUGAGAGUGCUUUGGAGUCCUUUGAGAAGAUGUGUUCGGAAUUUGUUCAUUUAGUUGAUGAUUCUGUUGAUGAUUCAGACACCUCUUUGAAGCUGGCAGCCAUUUCAGCACUUGAAGUGUUGGCCAACAGGUUUCCUUCUAAUCAUUCUACCUUCAGCAUGUGCCUUGCAUCUAUUGUAAGAAACAUCAGUUCAGACAACUUGGCUGUCGCUUCUGUCUGCCUUCGGACUACUGGUGCUUUGAUUAAUGUACUUGGACCAAGGGCCCUUCCUGAACUUCCUCAUGUCAUGGAGAAUGUGCUGAGGAGGUCUCAUGAUGUCUCCUCUUUAGAUGGGAAAACCAAAUUUGGUGAUAAUAGUUCUUCUGUUGUAUCAAAUUCUAAGCAAUCUCUUCUGCUGUCUAUUCUUAUCACGUUGGAGGCUGUAGUAGACAAGCUUGGUGGUUUUUUGAACCCAUAUCUUGGAGAUAUUAUAAAAUUUAUGGUGUUGCAUCCUCAAUAUGCAUCAGGAUCCGAUUCAAAGCUGAAGAGCAAAGCCGAUGCAGUGCGAAGGCUUGUUACUGAGAAAAUUCCUGUUCGACUUGCCCUUCCACCUUUGCUGAAGAUAUACUCUGAAGCUGUUAACAAUGGAGAUUCAAGUUUGUCUAUUUCUUUUGAAAUGCUUGCAAACUUGGUUGGCAGGAUGGAUAGGUCAUCUGUUAGUAAUUACCAUGUAAAGGUUUUCGACCUGUGCUUAUUAGCUCUUGAUCUUCGUCGUCAACACCCUGUAUCCAUUAAGAACAUUGACACUGUUGAAAAGAAUGUUAUCAAUGCAAUGAUUGUUCUUACAAUGAAACUUACCGAAACCAUGUUCAAGCCUCUUUUUAUUAAGAGUAUUGAAUGGGCAGAGUCAAACAUGGAAGACAGUGACAUGGGAAGCACAAAUAGGGCUAUUUCUUUCUAUGGCUUGGUGAAUAAACUUUCUGAGAACCACCGAUCUUUGUUUGUUCCAUACUUCAAGUACUUGCUCGAGGGUUGUAUACAACAUCUUACUGAUAGUGAAGAUGUCAAAAAUGUUAAUUUGAUGCGAAAGAAAAAGAAGGCCAAGCUUCAGGAAGCAAGCUUUGAUAGAAAAGAAGGAAGCAGUGCAUUGUUACUUGAAAAAUGGCAUCUCAGGGCAUUGGUGAUAUCAUCCUUACAUAAAUGUUUUCUUUAUGAUACAGGGAGCAUGAAGUUUCUUGACUCAUCGAAUUUUCAGGUUCUUUUGAAGCCCAUUGUUUCACAGCUCACAGUGGCCCCAGCUUCCUUACAGGAGCAUCCAGAGACGCCGCCUGUGCAAGAAGUUGAUGAUUUAUUGGUUGCUUGCAUUGGUCAGAUGGCUGUCACAGCUGGCACUGACCUCCUAUGGAAACCACUUAACCAUGAGGUGUUGAUGCAAACUCGCAGUGAAAAAUUGAGGUCACGUAUGUUGGGCCUAAGAAUUGUGAAGUUCUUUGUGGAGAAGCUGAAAGAAGAAUACCUGGUAUUGUUGGCGGAAACCAUACCCUUCCUUGGUGAACUACUGGAGGACGUGGAGCCACCGGUUAAAUCUCUAGCGCAAGAAAUUCUCAAGGAAAUGGAGUCAAUGAGCGGGGAGAGCCUUGGGCAGUACUUGUAAUGUACAAAUUGAGCAGAAAUUCUCAAGUUUUGUAGAGGUAGGGGAAGGAUGUGUCAAUGGUGUACACCAAAUGAUGCAGCUACACCCAUUUUUGUAUUGUAUGUUGUGGGGUGGGGGCAGGGUCCUUAAGAUUUGAUGCUUAUUUCCACAUGUUCUACUCCAGCCCCUGUGAACUGAACUAAUAUUAUUUGAUGAGAAAAUAGUGAGGCAAAUUGUUGAGGUUUGAAGAACUGAUAUUGUAAAGGGUUGAGGGUUUUUUGGGCCAUCUAUAAUAGACUUGUCGUGUAUUUCGACAGUGCUUGAAUUUGA